GGCUGCCUAUAAAUACGCCCGUAGUGACAGAUAAGCGAGCUCGCCGUACAACGAAAAAACGCAGCUGCAUAGAAAGCAUCGACGCCUCAGGAAUGGCAAUUAUCACCUGAAAUUGUUCGACGAUACCUUCUCCGGUUCCGAUCUCGUCCAAGGGGGGUGUGAGGAGGCGGUAGUGUUCUAUGGCAAUGCUGAAAGUGCCGUCGCUAGUUGACUUGUGUGUUCAGGUGGCGAUAAAGUAUGUUAGGUAUCUAGGAGAUGUCGGGGAAACCGAUUAUCAUCUCUUAGACCGGAUUCUAUCUCACUGCACUCUUGAUCAGCUGAAACACAUUGAAGAUUGUACUGAAAGAGAUCUCAGCCCUGUAACUGACAAAUUGUGGAAAUCGUUUUACAAAGCUCAAUUUGGGGUCGAAAGCACAAAUGUUGUUGUUGAGAGGAUGAAACAGAAGAAAGUUACCUUCAAAUGGAAGCAAUUGUUUGAGGCAAAGGUAGAAGAAAGGGAAGAGGCAACGCAAAAAUCGCUUGAUCGGAUAAGGCAACGAUAUAAAGAAGAAGAUGCCAGGAAACAAAGUCGACAGGUGAAGCUGUGCACAAAGGCUCCACCUUCAAGCAAAAAAAGAACCUUUUUUGGAGGCGCAAUCGCUAACAACAUUUACAACACCAAAAGCAGCUUGUUGAAGAAAGCCAAGAUAGACUAUGUCAACAGCCACGAGUUCAAAAACUUAUCUGUUAUGAACAACAAGACAAUUCAGAGGAGACCUAGCGAGCCCUCUCCCAUCCGGAAACCAGUUGCGGCAACUGCAUUAUCUAAGCCUUCACCUUUGCCUAAACCUUCGAUGGCGGCUACAACUGCAGUAACUAAGCCUUCGCCUUUGCCUUUGCCUUUGCCUAAACCUUUGAUGGCGGCCACAACUGCAGUAACUAAGCCUUCGCCUUUUCCUAAGCCUUCGCCGGUGACCAAACUGGCGAAGCCAUGGUCACAAAGAAGGUGAGCUAUUUUUCUCCUAGAGAGCGGAACUGUGUAUCUUAUGUUCUUGUUACAGGUGAUGAAAUCACAUUGGAUUUGAUAUGUAAGAUUAAAACAUCUGUUGUGUCUAAAACUACAUGUUGUUUCUCUAUCAAAAUGGUAAUUCGGAUUUCUAGUU